CUUGUACUUCCUGGUUAGUGGAUGUAAACAGAAGGACGUUCCGCCUCUGGAGACAGCUGCAGUGAAAAACAUGACCAAACUGGAGCUGCUGAACGUGUUUCUGAACGACAGGCUGACGGCGGCCGCCGAAGAGAUCUUCCGCGCCGUGAAGGACACGGUGGCCGAGUACCAGAGCGAAAUCCUGCGCUCCAAGGAGGAGAACGAGCGGCUCAAACGGCUCCUCAAUGUGGCCGUCCAACGGCUCCUGCUGCAGCCAGAACCUCAGUCCAUCCUGCCCCAGGAAGACACUCAGCCCUGUGAGUCUGAGUGGAGAGGCAGCGUGGAGCUGCUGCCACAGAUUAAAGAAGAACCCAAGGUCAGAAAUGUUCAAACAGACUGUUCACAAGAAGCCAGAGACCCAGAGGAAGGAAACUGCAGCCACGUGGAGCCACCGCAGAGGUCACAUCCACCACCAGCCCAGACUGCGUGCAGCAGACGGAGCGUCUCUCCGCCUCCGCUAUCAUCCCAGGAUGUUAAGGCUGAGAGCGACAGAGAGGACAGCAGGAAACAGCAGCCAGCCAACACCCUACCGUCCUCCAUGACUGUUUAUUCAAACUGCAGAGCAGCUCAGAGCGAUAUCUGCACCAGCCCUGCAAAGAGUCACAGGACCCCGAAAACAGAUCAGCAGGUGAGAGGGCUACUCCGCUCAAAUGGAAAACAGAGCGCGCACAUACUGCAGAUCAAGAAUGUAAGAUCCCUGAAGCCCCCUCCGCCUCGCUCGUCCCACCCGAGCCAGAGCAUCCAGAGGUGGCACAGCUGCAAAGAGUGCGGGAAGGGCUUCAGCUUUGCCUGCCAGCUGGAGGUCCACAUGCGCUGGCACACCAAGGAGAAACCAUACAGCUGCGCGGUGUGCCGAAAGAGCUUCACCACGGUCAGCAUGCUGAAGAGGCACCACCGCAUCCACACAGGGGAAAAACCCUUUCGCUGCCACGUGUGCGGGAAAUGUUUCAACCAGUCGGCACACCUCAACACCCACUUCAGGCUUCACACCAGAGAGAGGGCCGGCUGGAGCCGAGCACCGCACUCCAAGUGAACAGAGACUAACCUGACCGUCUGUAAACUUUGAAAUGCUUUUGAAAAGUUCAAACAGUGUACAGUAAUGGUGUUUGACUGUGUGUGUGUCUGUCGUGCAAUAAAGUGUGCUACCUGAAGA